UCAAACCAUAAUUAAUUUGGUUUUAGUUUGACAAAUUUUGUAAACCGAAGCGAAACCGAUAGUAACCGAAAUGCCCACAGCUCGUCUGUAGGUGAGAAUUUGGUUGCGGAGCGGACUUUGCUGGUUGCUUUGGUAGCGAUAUCUCCGGUAGCUUCUUUCUUUUCCCGAGAAAAUCUACUGAGAAAAAUGGAGACUUCUCUGAGAUAUGCUACCAAUUCCAGGUCUUUGAAAAUUCAUGCCAAGGAGAAGUUCCCGGUGAACUCCAAAACUCGCCUGCAGCUUCAUGGAGAGCUAGAUACAGGAGCUGGAGUGCCAAGUUACUUCUGUGCAAUGAUAAGACACUUUUUCCAUGAGGCUUCAACAAGCCUUGGCCUUGGUUUGCAUUAUGUUAAACGCGAAAAGCUUCGGUGUCUUGUACGUGGGAAAAAGAAGUUUCCUGUGAUAACUGAUGAGGUUGUAACCUUUAAUAUCAAAGGAAGAUGUGAUUUUGAUCAGGACUUUGUUCAGAGGAACGCGAAAGGAGCUGCUGAAUUUGAUUGGAACAUAUGGAAGUUUCAGAAAGAUCAGGAUUUACGCCUCAGAAUUGGCUACGAAAUGUUUGAGAGGGUCCCUUAUAUGCAGAUUAGAGAAAACAAUUGGACUUUCAACACCAACUUGAAAGGAAAAUGGAAUGUGAGGUUUGAUCUGUAAUGAAUAAACAGGAACAGAAACAGAGAAUAGUCAGAUCACAUUUUCAUAUUUGUAUCAUUUUGAGAAAUGUAUUACUGAUAGAAAAAAAACUCACUUUGAUUCAGCCAAUUGAGAGCAAAUUCAUAGAUCAUCAA